AUGGGGGAUCCAAAGCAGAAAAAGGUGAGCGCACCGGAGUGGACGAGUACUGAGCAGGGGAUCGAAGCGGCGAAAGCUUAUCUUCGUCAGGGCGGCAUUGUCGAUUUCUAUGAAAUGAUCUCUCGCUGCAUUCUCCAAGACCAUCCCAGUGAUCCUGUGGAGUUCUGUUUGCGCAUAGUGAGGGACAUCAUGAACGGGACGGAGAUCUCUGCGGGUGCUGAUUACCAACCCAAGAAGGUCGAGGAUAAUAACUACAUGUGCGAGAAGAACGUGAGCGCAUUCUUAGAUGCAUGGAUUCUGGCGCUGCUUCACGAACGCCCCGGGACUGAGUUGGAACGGAUGCAGUUUCACAGGCAAUACCUGGAGGGGCUUCGGGGUGGUUUGGGCAAAGUGUAA